AUGCUUCUAAAACGAAUGGCUGAUAGCGAAAGCUUAGGUGAGAUAAAAGAAAUUGCUGAAAUAUUUAGUAAUGUUAAAUUGGAUGAAAUGAUACAGGAAAAUUUUAAAAUGAUGGAACACGAGAAGCUUGAAAAACUUAUUAAAGAAUUAAGUGAUAAUAUAACUGACAAAACGAAUUAUGAAAAGGAGCUGUUUAAUAAAAUUAAUAACAUAAUCAAAUCUGCAGAAGUUCAAUCAGAAAAUACCAGAACUGAUUAUGUCACUGGAUAUUCAUUAAUGAAGGGCUUAAUCAGCUUGACUGAAAAACUUGCGUUUGACCGUAAUGUUGUUAGAGGAAUAAAAUAUUUAGCUAAUCGAACAUUGGAGAAUAUGACUCUAAAAAUAAAGCCUCAUAUUCUUAAAGAAAUUGUUGAGUUGUCAAUGAAAAUUUCUCGUAGCGUUAAGUCAAGAAUACAACAUGAAAACAUUGAUAUAAUAAACAGAUUAAUUUGCGAAAUUUUUUAUAUUUCUGAAUUGGUAACAAGUGAUAUCAAAUGGAUUAAGAAAUUAAAAGAAAAGUUGGAUGAAAGAGAUUCGUUUAUUUCUACAUAUAAACAAAGGAAGACUUACGCUAUAACAGAAGAAGAAUGUAAUAACCAGUUUACCGUGAAGCUGUCUGAACUGAAAAAUAUUUUAAGCAAUAACGCGUUAAGUGGCCAAUUAAUUGAAAAAUUACCUUUCUAUAAGAAUGACAAAAAAUUGCAAACACUAGUAGAAAUGCUUGUUCUAGAUAUAAUGUCAAUUUUAGGUAGCUCAGAGCAUUACUUGGAAAAUAAUUUACUUUCUUUAGACGAUAACGCUCCUUUGUUAACUGGAAAAUGUUUACGUAAUCAUUUAGCGCAUGAUAAUCCCUUAGUUGACGUUAUGUUAUCUGAUCCUUCUAUUGUAAUUGUUUUGAACGCUAAGAAACUCACUGAAGAAAAUAUAAUAAAAAGCAAGAAGAAAAUUGGCAAGUCAGUAAGCGAUAAUUCUUUCAAGUUGAGGGAGAAAUACGAUCAAGACUUAUAUAUCAUUACUAAUCAGGAAAGAAUGUUUGCUGCUUUGGACGAAGAAAAUCUAGAAAGUUUAAAGGAUUGUCUAAAGAAAGGAGCAGAUAUUAAUGCUAGAAAUGUUAAUUUAUGGACCACGUUACAUCUUGCUGCUAAGAAACCCAGUCUAGAAGUUAUACAAUUUAUUCUUGAUCAAAAUUUGAGUGUUAAUGUGAAAAAUAUUAAAGAUCAAAGCCCAUUGCAUAUUGCUGCUGCGCAUGGAAAGAGAAAUAUUGUAGAAUUUUUUAUACAAGAGACAGGUUUAUAUGUUGAUGAGCUAGAUAAGAGUGGUAGAACUCCACUACAUGUUGCUGCUCAAAAUGGUCACAAGGAUACUGUUGAAGUUUUAUUAAAAAAUGAAGCAAAUACUGUUGCCCGAGAUAAUAGUCGUUUUUUACCUUUACACUAUGCAAUAUAUAAUAAUCAUAUCGAUGUAGUCAAGAUUUUAUUGAAAAAUGAUAUAAAUGUUGAUGUUAAUGAAACUACGGGUGGCCUUACCCCAUUGCACAUAGCUGCAGAAAGUGGUCGUCUAGAGUUAGUUAAUUUCUUGCUUCAGAAUAAAGCAGAUGUUAACGCUAAAAAUGAUGAAGAUUGGACAUCCUUACAUGUAGCAGCAUUAAACGGCCAUCUGGAAGUGGUAAAUGCUUUAAUUUUAAAAAGAGCUGAUAUUAACGCUAGAGUCUUAAGUGGUUGUACGCCAUUACACUAUGCAGUAGAAACUGGUCAAGAGUCGAUAGCGAGUAUUCUAUUGAAGCAUGGAGCUAAUGUUAAUGCUGUCAACAAAUUCUACAAUAAUACACCUUUGCUUUGUGCAGCGAAAGAUGGGCAUGAGGGAAUUGUUAAAGCUUUACUGAAAAAUAAAGCCGACGCUAGUAUUGCCACUGUUACAAGUUUUACUCCAUUGCAUCUUGCUGCCGAGAAUGGUCAUCUAGGAAUAGUAGCUGCUCUACUUAAUCAUGGUGUUAACAUUCAUGCUAAAGCUCAAAAUAACGCUACACCACUGUACUGCUCAGCAGAAGGUGGUCGUAAGGAAGUUGCUGAGCUUCUAAUAAAAAAUGGAGCAGAAAUUAACACCAAAGACAAUAAUAAUUUGACACCACUACAUAUAGCUGCUCUGAAAGGACACGAAAACGUUGUUGAUCUUUUAAUAAAAAAUAAAGCUAAGCUUAAUGCAACAACUGAUGACGGUCGUACACCAUUGCAUCUAGCUGCUCUGAAAGGCCACAAAGGCAUUGUUGAUCUCCUAAUAAAAAAUAAAACUGAGGUUAAUGCUAAAACUUUUGACGGUAUUACACCAUUGUUUCUAGCUGCUAUGAACGGCUGUGAAGAUGCUGUUAUUUCACUAAUAAGAAAUGGAGCAAAAGUCAAUAUUAAAGCUAAUGAUUGUUCUACACCGUUACGCGUCGCUGUUGUAGAAGGCCACAAAGAUAUUGUUAACCUUUUAAUAAAAAAUAAAGCCCAAGUUGAUGUAAAAGAUUUUGCAGGUUGUACACCAUUACAUGCAGCCGUGGAAGCAGGUCAUAAAGAAAUCGUUGAGAUUCUGGCAGCAAACGGAGCCAAUGUCAAUGUCAGAGGUAACGAUGUGACACCAUUGCGUUUUGCUAUAAGAUAUAAUCACAGAGAAAUCGUUGAAGUUCUUAUAUCAAAUGGAGUUAAUGUUGAUGCAGAGGGCAUUGUACCUUUGUCACUAGCAGUUUUUGCUGGUUACCGAGAUAUUGUAGAAAUUUUGCUAGAAAACAAAGUUUAUGUUAAUAUGAAAGAUCCUGAAAUUGCGAAACUAUUGCAUUGUGCUGCUAGUAAUGGUCAUAAGGAUGUAGUAAAGGUUCUGAUGGCAAGAGGAGCUGAUGUUAAUGCCACAACUGAUGUUGAAAAUCUAACACCAUUACAUUCUGCAGCAUGUGAAGGCUUUGAGGAAAUUGUUGAGAUUUUAAUUGCAGGUGGAGCUAACGUUAAUUUUAAAUCAAACACAGGUAUUACUCCAUUACAUAUAGCAGCACUGAGUGGUCAUUGUAAGGUUGUAAAAGUUUUACUAGAUAAUAAAGCAAAUAUUAAUAUUAAGGCAUUUGACAAUAAAACGCCUGUGGAAGUAGCGGCGGCAUAUGGUCAUUUGCAAGUAGUCAGAAUGUUAUUGCAAUACAGGAAAUUGGACAUAAAUGCUAGAGAUAAAGAUGGUUUUACGAUAUUGCACAUUGCUUCACAAGAAGGCAGGUUAGAGGUGGUAAAAUAUCUUGUAGAUAAGGGAUCUGAUAUUAAUGCUAAAAAUACUUCUGGUACAAAACCUAUACAUAUUGCAGCUAGAGAAGGUCAUAAAGAUACUGUAAAGUUUUUCCUUAGUAAGGGGUUAAGUAUUAAUGACCGUGGUGCAUUUAAUCAGACAUUACUACACUAUGCUGCAAUAAAAGGUCAUUUAGAAUUUGCAAAGUUUUUGAUAGCACAAGGUGCUGACGUUAAUGCUAAAGAUGUUAAUGGUAUAACUGCUAUGCAUGUUGCUGCUUAUUGUGGUUGUAAAGACAUUAUUCAAAUUUUAUUAAAAAAUGGAGCAGUAUACAACGCUUUUGACAAUUCUUCUAGAAGACCGUUAGAAAUGUCUAAUGACGAACACAUUAUUAAGCUAUUAACAUUUACUGAGAAAUUGUUUGAGGCUGUAAAACGUAAUGAUUCUUUAGAAAUUGAGAAUUACAUUAAAGCAGGGGCUGUCGUUAACGCUAAAAAUGCUAAGGGAACAUCAUUACAUUAUGCUGCGUGGAAAAGCUUUGAUAGGAUUGUCAAUAUUCUGUUACAAAAUAAAGCUGAUCCUAAUGCAGUUGGUAAUAAGGGAUUUACCCCUCUACAUUAUGCUGCUAAGUUCUCUCACUUAAAAGUUGUAAAGCUUCUAUUAUCUAAUGGUGCAGUGUAUAAUGCAGUUUCUGAUAAUGGUAAAACACCAUCAGAUUUUACUGUAGAUAAAG